AUGGACACCCAGGCUGUGGUGAUGGUGCAGCCGCAACUCAGCACGGUGAUCCCUGUGGUCUCGAGGAACCACUGGCAGACGGGGCUGACUGACUGCUGCGCCGACUGCGGUGUCUGCUGGUGUGGGAUGCUCUGCUUCCCCUUCCUCGCCUGCCAAGUGGCUCAGGACAUGGAUGAGUGCUGCCUGUGCGGGACCAGCGUGGCCAUGAGGACCCUCUACCGCACCAGAUACAACAUCCCGGGGUCCAUUUGCUCUGACUUCUGUGCCACUGCAUUCUGCCUCGUGUGCUCUGUUUGCCAAAUGAAGAGAGACAUCAAGCGGAGAAGGCAGCUGGGCAUAUUCUGGUAA